CCCCUCAUCGCACAGUUCUCCGACGAAGACCUAGUUGUCGGCGGCGGCGUCGCCAUCUUCCACAUCGCGUCGCAACGCGUCGUGAUAUGUAGUGCGCCCGACCGGCGCGGGGAGAAGUACUACUUCCUGCCUAAAGGGCGGCGUGAUGCAGGGGAAGAUAGCCGCACGGGCGCUGAGAGAGAGGGGUAUGAGGAGUCAGGAUAUCGCAACCGCCUUCUUCCCCUCCCCACAAAGCACCGCCAGCCGCAAGCACACCCGCGCGUCGACUCCCCUCCACUCACUGCGGAACCGGUUUGGAUGCAGAUGAUGCCGCUCGGGUAUGGGUCGAAGCAGUACGUUCUAUACUGGUAUAUUGCAGAAACUCUGCCUCCCGGUCUUGAAGUUGAGUUGGAAACCGAGGUUGGCGCGGCAUACAAGCCGCCACCAGCAUACCCGCAUAGUUUGACGUUGAGGGAUAGAGUGAAGAUGGAGCCGGAGGGGUACGAGCCGCUACAUCAUGAGGGCACGGGAGUUGACGAGGAGGAGGCGACGUAUGAGAGUCAUCUUGUGAGUGUUGAGGAGGCGAUCAAGAAGUUAGGGCGGACUGGAGUCAUGGCUGAUGUGGUGUUGAAGGGGUGGAAGGAGAUUCAGCAUCGGUUCGCGAUGGAA